GAGGUGGGCGGGCGGACAGAGUGGGUGCAGCGGUCGUGCUGCCAGUGCAGGCGGUGGGCCGCUUGAGUGCCGUAGUUGUAACGGUCGAAACGAGUACCCCCUUCCCCGUUAUUGGUGAAGAAAGGACGAGGGAUGGACACGUCUAACCAAGGCCUGCUGCAAGGUGACCCAGCACCUGAAGUAGGAGAAGAUGCAGUUGCAACUUCUGACCUUGGAGGUGGAAUGACAGAUGAUGAACGAGAAGAACUGACAAAUGAACUUGCUAAAGUGGAGGAGGAAAUCCAAACACUUUCUCAAGUGCUUGCAGCUAAAGAAAGACAUGUUGCUGAAUUAAAGAAGAAGCUAGGAUUGACUCCACUACAUGAACUUAAACAGAAUUUGUCAAAAAGCUGGUUAGAUGUACAAUCCUCCACAGCGUUUAAAAAGACAUCUGAAACCCUCUCUCAGGCUGGUCAGAAGGCUUCAUCUGCAUUUACUAAUUUUGGUUCUGCUAUUACCAAAAAAUUUGAAGAUGUUAGAAAUUCACCAACUUUCAAGUCAUUUGAAGAUAGAGUUGAAAGCUUAAAGGUGAUGGCCCAGAAAAGUGACUCAUUUGCAUCAUUAUUGAGACGCUCUCCUCUAAUGCAGAUGGGCCCGACCAAAGACAAAAUAGUCAUUGGUAAAAUUUUCCAUAUUGUGGGUGAUGAUCUUUAUAUUGACUUCGGUGGCAAGUUUCAUUGUGUGUGCAGAAGACCAGCAGUUGAUGGAGAGAAAUAUCAGAGGGAAGUGAGAGUGCGUUUGAAACUUGUUGAUCUGGAGCUGACAUCACGUUUCCUUGGAGCCAAAACAGACACAACACUGCUAGAGGCAGAAGCUGCACUCCUGGGUUUGUUGGACGUUAAGGAUACAAAUCAAAGAGAUUGAAAAUCAUAAGCAAUGAUGUGAUUUUGGUUCUGUAAAGAAUAUGUAUUCUUGCUUUACUAUUUUAUAAGAAAUAAACUUUUGUAGGGUGAGCUUGUUUGUGUUAAUCAAUUCAAACAUUGCACAUUAUUUUUAUUGAUACUGCUUCGAAACAGCAAAUGUGAAAAAACUUUCCCUUCUCUUUUUCCUACUCACUCUGGAACAAUCCCCUUGUUAUCUACACACUGUUGUAACUUUCAUUCAAACAAACUUACCAAUUCUUAUUGUCCCCCUAAAUCACUGGUCUCCACAGAGGUCAGCUUUUCUAAGUUCCUGCAUUCAAAGGCUGUUCAUCUCCACAACAGCUAAUAAUACAAGUGCAUUUUCUAACACUGCCACUGUUUAGAAAUGUUCUUGGACAUGCCAUUAGACUGAGGUUAGCCCAUUACCUGAAAUGGUUUUGCUUUAAUGAAAACACAAAAUUCUGUAAAUACCCGACAUGUUUGACAGUCUGUGGAGAGAUAAAUAUUAUUAACAUUUCAGAUUGAUGCUUUCAUUUAAUAUCUCUGAAAAAAUCUACAAUGUUUAGGUUUGAGCAAAUGUAUUUCCAUCUCUUAAAUGAUGCACUUAAACAGUUUAUUCUUUGUCACUGAAGGGAUUGAUGGUAAAGUAACAUAUAUCCAAUAAUCCAAUGACAAUUGGCAGGAAUAAUAACCAAACAGUCUUUUAAUGUACAGUGUAUCUACCAAAACUGUAUCUAGAAACUGAUGUUGGUACUGUAUGUGAAAUUGUCAUUGACCUAGUCAAUAUGUUGGUAACUUAUUCUAUUUGCAUUCUGUUGAGGUAGGUUGUAUUGUUUGCUGUUGGAUUAUUAUCACAUAUGACGUUACUGUCUGGUUUUGUGACAUGGACUGUGUUUUCGAAUACGUAUUGGAAAAUGCUAAGGAUUUGACAAACGCUUCAUUCCAAGAAAUAGUUACACAAUGAAAAUUAUAGUGGAAAAAAUCUGCAGUGAGACCAUCACUUUUUUUUUUCUUUUUUUUCUCCUUUAUGUUUUGGAACUGUGAGCUGGAGUUGAAAAUCAAACUUUGAAUAGCAGUUUAUUUCAAAAAAAGAGAAUAAACAAAUUGAUGUUUGCAAAUGGGAGCAGACCUGGAAAGAUAAUUACAGGGUCAUUCUAAGAUGUUGUUAGGAUGUUGCAUUGGUCAACCAAGAGAAGGCUAAUGUAGAUCAGCCAACCAUAGAGAAUGCAGAAAAACAAGAAACCAUAUAUUGAACUGUUUUUGACUGGAUCUUUGGUAGAAGGUGGUAUGCUCAAGCUACUGAACUGUAACACUGUGCUUAAGAUGUACCUGUAGUAUUAUAUUCAACUAAAGAAUUGAUAAAUGUUCUGAAAACAAAAUCCCAGUUUAUAAAAAAAAAAGUAAAUAUUCCUUAGAUCCUGCUAAAGCUGUUUUCGUUGUCUGGUGAUUUCAGAAUUCAAGCAAGACCCAAUUCCAUGUAACACAAUGCAUUGUUUAAGGAUUCCAUAAAAACUGGGUGCUCAUCAUUGAAACGGUUUCCAAACUGGCAAAUUACAACACUUAUUCUCUUUUGAUUUAUCCUUUAACUGUAUAUGCCUGAGAGUGAGUCAGGGUUACGUGCAAAGAAGAUUGGUUUUAAAUCACAAACAUUAAUUAGAUUAUCUUAUAUAGGUUUAUUCUACUAAAGUUACAGUAUUAAUAAUAGUUACUUUUUGUUUAAGUUAUAAACUUGGUGUCUGAUAACUGUUGUCCUGAAAGUUUGGUUAACUUCAAUGAUAAUGAGCAUGAUUUAGUUUGGCUAUUUCUGCGUUGAAUCAUCUGUUAUGAAGUUACAGGAAGAUGCAAAGAAAUAUUUAAUCAACUGAAGUGCAGAUUGUUAGUUUUUACCACUUUAGCUACUGUUUUUAUUUCAAAUCAAAAUUUCCUACUGAUAAUUAAAAUCGACUCCAUUUUAAAAAAAAACUUUUGAAAGAUGGCACAAGUGAUAACCCUGAUUUGUGUGAGAUCUCAUGAAGUGCAUUUUAAAGUGCCUGACAGACUUGUCAAAAUAUUUGCUUAUAAUUAGUCUUUGAGGGGAAAAAAAGCAGUACUUAACAUUUUGCCCCAAAGCACUUUGUUACAAAUUGACGUUUGGAAACUGAAUUUUCUUUUAGAAAUGCUAGUUCUUUCUCACCUCCAUCUCACCUAAAUUAAUUAUUCCAAAAUGUGAGCUGUGUUGCAAAGUAUCUCAGUCACUCUAAAGUCCCUCACCCAUGGCCAUUUCUCAUACAGAAGUCUGCUAUGUUAGCAAGCUAUUUGACUUCAUGGGCAUCACAGUUAAAUGUUAUCUUAUUCUGUUCAGUCGAAGCAGUAAAGGAAUUUUUUGCAUUCUAUGCUGGCUAGAAAGCAGUCUUGUUUUAUUUAAUAAUUUGAGUAGUUUAAAAAAAUGAAAACAAUUGUGAUAGGAAGUCAGCGAGAGAUAUCAAAUGUGUUGAUGAUUUAAUCAAGAAGUGAACUUUAAUAUUUUUAAUGAAUGCUUAAGAUUUAUUAUCAGCAGAAAAAGGCAAAAAAGACAAAAUUAUAUAGACAUUUUCAAGACCACUGGACAUCACAAAAACCUUUGCAGCCAUUGAAGUACAUUUUGAGUCUUAGUCAUGAUUGUAAUGUAGGAAGUGCAGAAAUGUGGGAUGAGUAGGUAAUUUUUUUGUGAUUUUAAUUAAUGGAUAAAUAUUGACCAGGGCAGUGGGGCUAGCCCCUCUGUUCUUUGACAUAUUGCCCUGAAAUACUUUAACUCCACCAAGUCAGGCAAUUGAGACUUUAACUUUCUAACUGAAGGAUGGCACCUGUGACAGUACAAUAUUUAUUCCUGUUUGGAAUGUCCACCUUGACUUCUGAUUAGUUUAAAGUUAGGUUCCACAUGUCAUUGCUGUUAAUAGUGAAUUCAAUUGACAUGUUUUCUUUCCAUAAUCUUUGAUUAUUAAAUUUUUUUUGGAUACUGCAACAUUUUUGAGUUCUUUAUUGGGUUCCUAAAUUGGAAAAAUAUUACACUUUGUUUUGAACAUUUCACAGUUUUCAUGGAAAUUGAUUAAUUUACUUUAGCUAUUGCACUGUAUAUAGUGCUAUUUCUUAACUAUAGUCAUUAUUUACUAUCUUUCUUCAUUACCACAUCUAUUUCCCCAAAUUGUUUCUUUUGCAUUAAAUAGACAUGGUGCUGUGUCAAAUGCAGGAUGAAAUAAGUGGUAGGAAAAAAUAAAGUGAGCUGUUAAAGAGCAGCAAUUGUUUGGAAUAUUUCUCCCUUGCCCUUUGGUCUCUGGUCUGGAGCAUCCAUGCACACGCUAGAUCACAGGGGAGCAGCAGUUUCAUUUACCGAUUCAACAACUUUGAAAAAAGUCCCUGUUCCUAAUUAGUGUUGCAAGUUGUACAGAUCAAUGGUGGGUUAAACUGAGCUGCCCACUCAAGUGGUGGGCGUACCAUUUCAUAAAAGGAAGAGGUUCUUCUCUUUCAUGGUGCUGGGUUCUUUCAGUUCAGCUACAGUGGGCUUGAUUCUUGUGUGAAAAACAACUGCCACAAUGCUUAAAUCCUAACCUCCUCACCCCUGACGGCAUGGGAAAGUGCACUCCUCAGCUGUUAGUUAUAUAAAGGCUGUUGCAGUCAUGAGAAAUGUUGAUAAAAGAAUGUAGUUUAACAUCUCUCCUCCUACCCUCUCUGUCAGCUGGUCUAGCGAGCUGCUUAAUUGGAAAAAAUGCUUUUCUGGGUGUGUUUGCUGUGAUUAACCAUAGUGCAAAAUUAUUGUGGCUAUUUAUUGUUUUCAAAGAAAAUAAGCAAUUUGCUACAUGCUUAUCCUAUCGUUUUUAAAAAAUCUCGCUAAGUCCAGAAUAUUUUUUGGCAAUCUUGAUUCUUGUGACAUGUUGAUCUAAGAUUUGUAAUAUGUGGUCUAAGUUGACUGUUUUAAACUUUGUCGAAACGUCUGUUUUCUGAUUUUCUGAAGAGAUCUGCUGAAGUGUAAUGGUUUACAGUAUAAAUUUUGUUUUAUUCCAGUCCUGUGUGACUAUAAACAAAGUAUAUUAAUAAAACAAUUCUAGAAAACAA